AUGCGAAACUCUCCGUAUCAUGCGAUAGCAAAGUGGCUAGCAGAGAAACUCAAGCCCGUACAGCGUCAGCUAGCACCACGCAGCUACCGAGAUACCUUUGAAUUCAUUGACGACAUCAAAGACCUUAACGUCAAUGACAUGGUGAUGUUCUCGCUAGACGUCUCAUCACUUUUUACAAACGUUCCGGUCACCGAGACAGUUGAUUACAUCUGUGAUUUUCUAUCUGCCAGUCAGCAGGAAAUAGGACUCCCGACGAAGGCACUCAAGGAACUGUUACUAAAAUGCACAUUAAAUGUGCAGUUCCUGUUCGACAACCAACUCUACAGACAAGUAGACGGCGUUGCUAUGGGCUCACCCCUUGGACCUCUCCUAGCAUAUGUCUUCAUGGGCAAAUUAGAGCGAUUCCAACUAAGCGAUCAGAUCGAUAAGCUUAAACAUUACGGUCGCUACGUUGAUGAUAUAUUUGCAAUUGCCACUGCAGAAACCGACGUGCUACCCUCUUAG